UUCAUAUUUUGCUAUUGAAGAAUUGAUUUUUUGAAACAUUUUCGGAGGAUUCGCCAGGUGACGGCGAAUAGAAUUUAGCUGUUGAUGACAUACAUUCAUUGCUUGCUCCAGUAAUCGUAUUUGUCGAACCUUUUUUGAUUCUCUCGGCUCGAUUCUUGAGGCGUUCGCGUUACUUGAUUGGGAUUUUGGUUGUGAUUGGUUUUAUAUGAUUUUCGGAGGAAGAAAUCCGUUAUGGUAAGGAAUCUAAUCGAGAAAUUUGACGGGGUUUGAGUAUUCCUGGAUGGCUUCGGCGCAGGUGCUGCCCAAUCCAGGAGCUUCUUCACGUAAAGAGCAUCUCGAAGCUGGGAAACGCCGGCUGGAGGAGUUUCGCAAGAAAAAGGCAGAAGGGCGUGCUAAGAAGCCUGCACCUACUGGGCAACAACAAUCGAAUGAUCUUGGUCAAAAUGAUAAACAGCCACUAGAAAGUGAACGUCUAAGACUUAUAGAUUCAGAUGGUGCUGUCACAUCCGAAAGAGAUAGUGUUUUUGGCACUGAACUGUCUGGGUUCAUCACAGCAAGUGAUACCCAAGCUGAUCUUGGUUCAUCUAAUGGGACACAUGAUGAGCCUUCUGUUUCAGCCAAUAAUUAUGAUGCAUUUUCUGCUCAUAGAAUUCAGGAGCCUGGAAAAGAUCAGGGUACUAAACACUAUGAUGGUUCAGGUCUUCCUGGAUCAAUAUAUGGUUAUUAUGAUCAGCACAAGGAAGAGAAGAGUGAGCUGGAUGCUUAUUCUGGAAAUCAAGGAGGACUAGCCUAUGGAUUUACUAUGGAGCCAUCUGGUGCUCUUCAUCAGGGAAAUGAUAACCAAGAUAUCAAUAGGAACACUCAUCAAUCUAGUUAUUAUUCCAUAGAUUCCAUACAUUCAACGAUCAACUCAAUAGAGUCGGCUGCUGAAGUUAAACAAUCCAUGAAUGAUAAUGUGGAUUUUAACAAUCCUUUGAAUUUAAGAAUGGGAGAGGCAAUGGUUAGCAGCUUUAAUGGUCAUCGUGGGGACAAUGCCCCGUGGCAAUCAGAGUCUCUUUCUACAAAUUAUGGUUUAGAUACCAGAAGUUCUUCCAAUCAUGUUUCACCUUAUUCAGCCUUACCUGAAGCUGGCAACUUUAAUGGUCAUCGUGUGGACAAUGCACUGUGGCAAUCAGAGUCUCUUUCUACAGAUUAUCGUUUAGAUACCAGAAGUUCUUCCAAUCAUGUUUCACUUUAUUCAGCCUUACCUGAAGCUGGCAGUUGGCGCUCUCGUCCAUCUUUCCUUGACUCUCUUAAUGUGCCCCGAGUCUCUUCUGUUUCUCACUUUCCAAUCCCUGAAUCAGGAAAAGCUGUGCCAGUUAUGUCUAAAAGUUCGAAAGUUCACAGUGUGGAUGGUCUGCCAUCAUUUACUUCUCACCAGCAAUUUACAGGAUCUGAAACCUUGGGACCUAUUGCUAAGUCAGGAACUCAAAAUUUCAAUGGGGGAUGUGAAGUACAUGCAAUGAAUUAUCUAUUUCCUAUCAGUAACGAGGGGGAAUCAAUAAGGCAGAAUGCGGAGGAAAAUAGCAUUAUGAAGAAGCUUGAGUUCCCUUCAUUGAAGCACAAUGAAGACUUCACAGCUUUAGAGCAGCAUAUUGAAGAUUUGACACAAGAAAAGUUCUCUUUGCAGCGAACGCUUGAUGCUUCACGAACUUUAGCAGAGUCAUUGGCCACUGAAAAUUCAUCUCUCACAGAAAGCUAUAACCAGCAGGGAGCAGUUGUCAACCAACUAAAAUCUGAUAUGGAAAGUUUACAGGAAGAAAUCAGGACUCAGCUGCUGGAACUGGAGUCUGUCAAAAUGGAUUAUGCAAAUGCACAACUAGAAUGUAACGCAGCUGACGAGCGAGCCAAAAUAUUGGCCUCUGAGGUCAUAGGUUUAGAAGAAAAGGCACUCAGAUUGAGGUCAAAUGAGCUAAAGCUCGAGAAGCAAUUGGAGAACUCAAAUGCAGAAAUUACUUCAUACAAAAAGAAAGUGUCUAGUCUGGAGAAAGAGCGUCAGGAUUUGCUGUCAACCAUAGAUGCUCUGAGAGAAGAGAAAAAGCUACUGCAAUCUAUGCUACGAAAAGCAUCUACGGUUGGAAAGCCUGUUGAUGUCAGCAAGACACCCACUACUACAAAAAAUGUGUCAACUUCUACAAAGGACAUAGAUGAUGACAUUUAUGCUUCAGUUACUGGGGAAAAUAGUGGUUCUGACACGAGCACUUUCAACCUUGAAAUGCAAGACACUGUAUCUAUACCCUUAAGCAGAACCUUGAUUUCCCCAUUGGUGCCUGAGAGUUUACAGUUCCAUCCUUCAUCUGUAUCUGCAACUAUCCCUCCAGAUCAGCUGAGAAUGAUUGACAACAUUAAUUCAUUGGUUUCGGAGUUAGCAUUGGAGAAAGAAGAGUUGAUGCGAGCUUUGGCAGUUGAAUCCUCUCAAAGUUCCAAGCUGAAGGAUUCAAAUGAGGAGCUGUCCCGAAAGCUGGAGGUUCAGACUCAGAGGUUAGAGCUGUUGACUACCCAAAGUAUGGCAAGCGAGAAUAUCCCAACAAGACAACCUGAUCCACGCACCAUGACAGAUAGAACAGUUUAUGCCGAUGAAGGGGAUGAGGUAGUAGAGAGGGUCUUGGGCUGGAUAAUGAAGCUGUUUCCUGGAGGGCCAUCGAAACGCCGGACCAGCAAGCUUCUUUGAUCAGUACUCAGGAAUUCCAAUAACCAACAUUACAUCCCCCUCCAAGCCCCCUUUUCUUUCCCGGCGUUGCAUUGGAUGUCACCAUCUGUAUAUUGUGAGCUAUCAAACCCGUUCCAUUCUUUUCAACAGAAGAAAAUGAGAGUUAUUUUUUCUCUUUCCCUUCCCUUCCCUAUUCUUUUUCCCUGUUUUAUAAUUUGUUGAAAGAGGCAGUUGUGGUUCCCCUUUAAUAUAGUAAAGAAUUAGUCCCUUUUCAAUCUUAAGAGAUGGGAGAAAAGGAGCAGAAUCUCCUUAAUUUCUCUAGAGGAUUCUGUAAUCGGUUUUCUUUCUCUCAAAUUGUAGUGGGAAAGAUGCUAAGAGGCCAAGAGAGAAUAGUAGUGUACUACGUAUAUUUGCAUUUGUAAGUCAUGUACGUAUUUUCAUGCUUCUUGUAAUUAGGUUUUAACAUUUUGUGGAGCUUAAUAUGCUCAAAAUCUUAAACCCAUGAUUCCUGGGUUCAGGUUUGUGUAUACUAUAUGAGGAAUAUAAUUAAUUACAUUGAUGCAAUUGAUCAACUUG